UUUCAGCUCAAUGACUCCAUCUGAUCCCUCUGUGUCCUUGAUUGCUUCAUUAAUGUGCAGAUUUUCCUUUAGGAUAUCAACUUACGAGUGAAGUGGCCCAACGAUAUUUAUUACAGUGACCUUAUGAAGAUSGGAGGAGUUCUGGUUAACUCAACCCUUAUGGGAGAAACAUUCUACAUACUUAUUGGCUGUGGAUUCAAUGUAACCAACAGUAAUCCUACCRUCUGCAUCAAUGAUCUUGUCACAGAAUACAAUAAGCAACACAAUGCAGCCCUGAAGCCCCUGCGAGCGGAUUACCUCAUCGCCAGGGCGGUGACAGUGCUGGAGACACUGAUCCACACGUUCCAGGACAAAGGGCCCAAUGGUGUUCUUCCCCUUUAUUACAAAUACUGGAUACACAGUGGUCAACAAGUCCGCCUGGGAAGUGCCGAGGGGCCGAAGGUGUCCAUAGUGGGCCUGGAUGACUCCGGGUUCCUGCAGGUUCAUCAGGAGGGCGGUGAGGUGGUGACUGUGCACCCGGACGGCAACUCCUUCGACAUGCUGCGGAACCUCAUCCUGCCCAAGCGGCGGUAGAGCAGGAGCCGGUGGCGCGUGUCUGCAGACGGCAGGGGCCUGGCAGAGCCACACAGGUGCUCUGCGGGUGUCGCUGGCGCCUUUCCUCACCAGGGGAGCUGGAAGACURAUGUAGAGUUCUAGGUGGAUUUUUUUUCUCCCUCCAAGUCAUUUCAUAAUUCAUUAUU